CUCAUCAGUUUUCUUUUUUAGCAAACGAACUGUUCCUACUCCCUGCAUCUGAGUGUGAAGAGCAAAAGCAGUGUGAAAGUGUAACGAACUAGAGUAGACAGCAUCACAUAACCAUGUCCAUGCAAGCCCUGAACGGUCAGCCGCCACAGCGGCGUUCAUCGCUGCUGAGCCGGUACCAACCGAAAGCAGGCUCUCAGGACCCGUUGACUAGCCCCGCCUUGGACACUCCGCCCAACAUCGUGAAGUCAACGAGUCAGCGCAGCCUACAGAACUCGUCCCUACUACAGCGCUACACACCGAAACCACUCGGUAGCCACGGCGCUAGCGGAUCCGCACGGCCCGAGUCUGGUAGCUUCUACGAAUCACCGAAAAAGUCUUCCAGUCAGCGUAGUCUUGAUCAGUCGAAGCUGCUCCGUCGAUACUACCACCAGCCGAACUCGCUAGACGAUCAGCCACAGGACUUUGAAACAUCAUCGCAAACGGGUGGACUCAGUUCACAAACCGAACCACAGCGCUACAGCAGCCAGAAGAGUUUGGAAAACUCGAAACUACUGCAGCGUUACAAUCCGAUCAACAAUUCGCAAGAAUUUACAGGCCUGUCUGGUAGAGAGAGCACGCCGGUAACAAAGUUUUCCCGUGGUGGAAGUCUCGAGCCAGAGCGUGUUCAACGAUCCUCGCUGCUCUCGAAGUAUACACCACGGUUCGGUAAGUCGCUGGAUCGUAACCAGGCCCUGGAGGCUGGCCGUGGGCAAGCAGGUUACAGUAGCCAGCAAAACCUACGGAGCCCACCAACCGCGGCCCAAAGGCCAGUUUCGGUGUCGCAGAGUCUGGCUGCUUCACAGAGCGAGUUUGCCGACUAUGGUACGGAUCACUUCGACCAGUAUCAAAACAUUCGCAGCCGUUCGUCGAGUCUUUCGCGCGGAGGUCCCAGGAAAGGCUUACAGCGAGGCUCCCAGAGAAUGCUAUCGACCGAGUCGGAACCAGACCCGAUUACACCCGAAACACUACCGAUGGUGUCGGCAGUAGGCGAACCAGUGGUAGGAAACAUUGCGUCUGCUUUACCACUACCCAUGGUGGGUAUUAUACCACCAACUCCAGCUUCUGCAGAGGUCGGUAAGCAACCGCACUUUGAGACACAGCCACUGCAGGUCCCACCAGGUAGAGCAAACAAUAUUCUCGCUCCUGUAACUACUCCGUCCGCUGAAGCACCAACUCCAGCUUCAAAACCAUCACCGACACCUCCAGUCAAACCGGCGCGCAAAGAUCUGCAGCCAAUGGCGGCGGCUGCGGCCGUACUACCGCCGGCAACCAUCGUGAGUAUAGCCAUUCCCACCAUCACGAAGACACUCGCCGCACCAUCCGUCAAGCAAUCCGUAUCAUCAUCGAAAGAACCAUCACCGCCAUUGUUCAGCACCCGAGAUCGCAUGGAUCAUUACGGAAGCGCUUCGAAUCCUGACCCUCCAUCGCACGAUCAUCCCCGUUCACUGACGACGAAGACCUCGACAAACACCUGGACACAAUCGCCCAAGGGCACGUUGACGCUAGCAAAGACUGCUACCUUACAGCUACCGCUCAGUGACAUGAGCAGUCGUCGUAGCAUGACCGAUCUGCAGCAUCUUGGUGGCCGUGGUUCCACCGGUAAUCUAUCCAACGAGCUGGAGAUUUCGGAGUUUACUGAUCGGGCUGAAAUGAAGCAGUUGGCUGCACAACGUCAUCAUCCGGUGAAGCAUACGCUUGCAAGUGCAUUUGAACAGCUGGCCGCAUUAACUAUCCCCCAGGCAAUGAAAACUGAUGCCGAACUAGACGAAGACGAGCGUAUUGAAGCGAUCCCACCGGAUCGCAAACUGAAGAAGCGUGACUUCACCUACCAUCCUUCGUUCGUUCCGAAGCAGCAACAGCAACAACAGCAACUGUCAACCAUUCCCAUCCCUUCGAUCGAUUCUCGUCACAGCACCAGUAGUGUGGGCAGCAAAUCGAAACAGCAAGACGCUGAAGAAAAACGUCUAAAGGCUGCCGAAGAAAAGCGACAGCGCGAAGAGGAACGUCGCCUGAAAGAGGAUGAAAAACGACGCAAAGACGCAGAAAAGCGUGCAAACGAUGAUGCGGAAAAGCGUCGCAAAGGAGAGGAAAAACAUUUGCGCGAGGAAGAGGAACGUCGUCGCCGGGAGGAAGAACGCAAACAUAAAGAGGAGGAAAAACAUCUCCGUGAAGAAGAGGAUCGGCGUCGUAAGGACGAGGAACGGAAGCACAAAGAGGAGGAAAAACGUGCGCGCGAAGAAGAAAAGCGUCGACUUGAGGAAGAGAAACGCAAAGAUAAGGAAGAGAAGAAGCGAAUCAAGGAUGAGAAGAAGAAGUCCGCGGCAGCACUCAAAACGGGUGCUGCGAGUUCUUCUGCCACUGAGGAGUCUAAACAUCCGGAAGAAGAAACGAUCGAUCUUGCCAGCCAUCUGGAUCACUACAGUGUGGCUGCUUCCAAGCAGAUGCCACCGGCCCAGCGUAGUUUAUCUCUCGGACGUCCUCGUUCCGGUGGCACACCUUAUGGUAGUCAAGGGGCACUAGGAUUCUCGGCCCGAGGUUUAUCCAACAGUCACCAGAGCCUUGAUCGAAAUGGAUCAACCUCCUCUGUGCCAAGACAGUCGAAGCUUCUUCAGCGCUAUGGUCCCAAGGCGGGAUCUCAGGAGGUGAUCAGCAGUGGGACAUCUGAACCUUCGCGAGAGUUCCACAGAAGUCAGGGUAGCUUGGACUAUCGUAAAUCAAUGCGCCCUUCACUGCUGGAUAAAUACACGCCACGUCCAUUGAGUGCCUCCACAGCACCGGGAUCAGCUGCUGGUGCAGGAGUACAGCCAAGAUCGAUCAGCCAGCGUAGCCUGGAAGCCGGUAGCUCUAGGUUCGAGAGUUCUACGCUCUUGCAGCGCUACAAGACAAAAGGUGAUACGGCAAGAACGGCUCCCGGAUACGAUCAGUACGAUCAUCGUGAUCACGAGUACGAGCCCAUCGGAGAACCUAACGAUGCCAGCAAAUCCUCCACCAAGGAUGGAUUGUUGGCCGUAUCUAGCAAGGCUCAGCAGCAACCAGACGGCCAAGAUCGUAAGCUUUCCAACGCAUCGUUCCUUCGUGUGCCGGGCAAUGAUGAGGGCGAUACCAUCAGCAUGGAAGAGCUUCAGAAGUCGAUCGAGGAUCGCUACUUUAACCUGCCAUCCGACGCUACAACAGCCCAAGAAGGUGCAGAAGGAGCUGCGGCUGCUUCUGUUGCAUCGGAACCGCAGAGCGAGAAGACCAGCAAGAUGAAGGCAGCUAUGGCAAAGGCUCAGACCAGCGGCAAACAGGCGAUGGCAAAGGCACAGGAAAGUGGCAAGCAAGCGAUGGCACGUGCCCAAGAGGGAGGUAAAACGCUACAGAAGAAGUUUAUCCAGCAGACGGAUCGCUUUAAGAACAAGAUGUCCAACAUUAAGCUGAAGAAGGACAAAGAUUCGGCCCCACUAGCAAGUCCGGAGGUUGUAACGACUCCUGAAUUGGAGAAGCUGGACUUUACACUUGCCGUUCCCAAGGAUGAGGAACCACCGUCCACUCUAGAAGCUGCCGCAGAAGGAUCCUCUGUUCCAGCGGAAGAAGCUACCGGCGAUGUUGCAGAAGACGAAGCAACUCCCGCCAAGAGUGGUAACAAAUCCGGUAACAUGCUUAAGAACAUACACAUGCCGAAGCUUCAGAAGCCUGACUUUAAGCGUCCAGAGUUUACGAAAAUUUCCAAACCAAAGAUGCCGAAGCUGAAGACACCCGACAUGUCGAAGUUUAAGCGUCCGGAGAUGCCCAAGUUCCUUACCGAGAAGCCCGACUUUAGCAAGAUGAAGUCGGACUUUGCGAAAAUAAAGCUAGCACGCAGUAAAUCGAUGAAGGAACCAUCCCCAUCCGGUGCGACCAGUGCCGCAUCACCGUCGGAUGCAUCGAUGAUGGGUGAUUCGGCUACAACGCCCACCAAGGUAAACUAUACCGACUUCAGCACGUAUCCACGCAUUUUCGAUAAGUUUAAGCGUCAAAAGUCAGUUCCCAGUGGUCAGGCUAGUGUACGUGCCGGUACACCACCACCACUUGAGUUUACCAAAUCGGCAAAGACGACGCGUCCCAAGGGCACUGCUUUGGUAUCGCGUUGGACGUCCGAAAAGUCGGAAGAUACGGAGAGCAACCGUUUCCUGCAGUACACCGGCAGUGAGUUGGAUGAGCGGGAAACUUCUGUCGAGCGACGCAUGCGCCAAGAACUCGAACGAGCUGAGUUCGAGGGUCCUGAGCUGGCUGUAACUGAGGAGCAAAAGCAGCUCGAGGAAUAUGACAAAGAGAAUCGCGAAAUCCAUCUGCUCUCCGCAGCUCGACACGAAGAGUUCCUGAAGCGUAAACCUCCGAUGGAGCGGCAAGAGUCCGAUCUUGCCUCGGAAGAGGAGAAACAAUUCUGGGCCAGUUCGCUGGGUCAAAAGAUUCGCCAAAACAUCGACAUGAAUAGCAACGAUCUGGACUUCCUCGACGAAGAGGAACGUCUGCUGGUAGCCAAGGAAGAGGAAGCUAUCGAUCAGGAAGCACGCGAACAGGCUCGGUACUUGUUAGAGCUGAGCAAGCAGCGCACCGAAAAGGAGCUGGAGCGUCGAUCGUCAACACCGUAUACGAACCAAGAGUGCCAAUCUUCGGGAAGCUCCAGUGUGCGCCGUCGCAAGGGUGUUCUGGAGGAGAUCGAUGACGAUGAAUUCUUCCUGCGUCAGAAGGGUAUCUCGAAGGAUAACAUCCAGAUGGGCGAGUACAUCAGCUCCGCCAUUAAGGAGGGUUUGAGCCAACCGAAGAAUGCGCUGGCUGAUAUGGACCGGUACGACUACUACGAUGAAGAGCUCGAUCGCGAUCAGGAUGGUAUGCGAAGAUACUAUCAACCAAGCUUCGAAUCGGAUGACGUUUCUAACCAGCAGAACUCCUACACCGAUGAGUACCGUGGUGGUAAGGGAACCGAUUUCUAUCGCACCUUCCCACCGGAUCGUCCGACCCGUAAGCCGAAGAAAACGAUCGAUCAAACUGUCCCCCAGGACGAUCAAGACUAUGGUCUUGAGGAUGAAGAGGAGGAGGAAGAUCUUGGCUUUUACGAUCGCCAGCGCACCAAGUAUGGCAGUGAGCAGCCACAGCUACUUCAAUCAGCAGCUGCCCGAUACAUGGACGACGACGAUGACUCGGCAGCCUUGAGUGGUUCCCUGCCACGACAGGCCAUGCUGGCCGGUACGGUUGUUCCACCGACGCCACCAACACGCCACCGCAAGAAGCGCUUCCGUGAUGUGACCCCAUCGGACGUAGGACCAUCAUCAUUCACUAACGGUGGUUUCGCCGUCGGCAAGUCCAUCUCCAAUAACUUCAUCUCCGGACCACCUCCCACGACUACGAUGGCUUACCGUGCGGAAGUACCGCUCGCUCGGGAGGAAAGCUUUGGUACGAUCCCUGAACCGACACCACGACGUACACGCUCGCGCUCUCAGCUUUCCAAAGCUCUCGAUGAUGACGAUCGUGUAUCACGUGGUGCAGAGUCGCUGAUUGGAGGCAUUAUCGAUCGAGCGCCCGUCCCAGGUAGGGACUCAUAUUCUUACGAAAUUUCCGAAUCAAAUGGUUAUGCCACUGUUCGCAAGGAAGCACCACCACGUCCACCGGCACCGAUUCGACGACGAAAGUCGACCAGAUCACUCGAUGCACCACCACCGCGGCAGUUCAACACGCUACCGAACUACCAUCAUUCAGUGUCACCCGUUCGGCCACAGCGCAACUAUAGCACCAUUAAUCCGAACCGUCCACCACGCAGGAAGUCCGUCACUAGCUUGACCGGUGAGCAGCAAUUACAAUCGUCCAGUCUUAGCAAGGACGACGUGGCACAGUACGAGGACGUGAUCGCACCGGCACCUCCACUCGGUCCUAAACCUCCGCUCCACUCCGGUGACGUUGCGAGCAAGAUGAAGGAUCGUCCACUGCCACCUCCACCGCGUCCUACGCGUAAACCACGCCGCCCGGACGGUAGCGAUCAUCACGAUCUGGAUGGAGGAGCCGAAAGAAUGGUGCUCCCAGUGCACGACUCAUCCAUCGAAGAAGUCGAGACGGCCACCCAAACUGAUCCCGUCUCGGAGGACUUCGGACUGGACGCAGAAAUAGCGGCCGUGACGGAGCGUGCAGCUCGGGCACACGAUGGCGAUCAGCUAGAGGGCGCACUGAACCGAUUCCGUGAAGGAAACGCAAAGGCACUGUCCGAGCGGCCCAAGUCCUCACGCUCGGGAAGCCGGCCGGAAACACCGGCUUCGAUCCUGAUCGAACGGAAGGUAUCGACACCGUCCCUAAACCACGAAUCCAUUGUCGAGGCGUCACUUACCGUUCAACCGCUGGAGGAGUUUGAUGACGAUCAGUACAUUGCCGAACUGGUCAAGAAAUAUGUCUCGGACGAACGCAAACCCGAACCCCGCAAAACGGACACAUUCGAGCGUCGGUUCCGCAAGAGCACCAACAGCUUAACGCGCGAGGAUGAGAUUCGUCCGGUGGAAGCGAGCAACACACUUCGCACACCAGCGAUGCGAUCAUCACGUACCUCCGUUGAUGGACGACUUUCCGCGACGACUCCGGAACCCACGCGCAGCGUAGAGAUCGCACCCAACGUGAUUGAGGAGAUCGUAGAGCGAUUGCGUACGACAGAGCAACAGCAUAUUGAUGAGCUACACAAGCUGCACCAGCAACAGCUCGAAGAUCUUCGCCGACAGCACGACGAGCAAAAGCGACUGCAGGAGCAAAAGCUCGAAGAGCAGCAACGCCAGCUGCUGGAGCAACAGAGCCAACAGUUGCUCCAAACACAGCAACUGAAGGAGCAGAUUCUUCAACAGCAAGAACACCAGAAGAUGCUGCUAGCACAGCAACAGAAUCAACAGCAACAGUUGCUUGUGGCCCAACAGCAGCAACAGUUACUGAUGGAGCAGCAGGAGAAGGAGCGUGAGCUGCAGCGGGAAAAGGAGCGUGAGCUGCUUAAAGAGCGCGAGCAGGAACUGGAACGAGCAAGAGAACGCGAACGAGAACUUCAUUUGGCACGCGAACUGGAACUGCAGCGUGCCAGAGAGGUUGAACAGCAGCGGGCACGUGAUCUCGAACAGCAAAGGAUACGCGAGAUGGAACUGCAAAGAGCACGGGAACUCGAACACCAACGACUGCGUGAGCUGGAAAUACAGCGUGCGAUAGAGGCGGAACAGGCACGCCAAAGAGAGGCUGAGCUGCAGCAGCAGAAGGCUGCCUCAGCCCAAGCAGCUCCGAAGGAACCUAAAGAAGUUUCGACUGUCAAUGAGAGCGUCCUUCAGCAGGAAGCAGUCACAAAAUUGGAAGAACCGGCUACUACUGCAUCUCCGACUCCGACUAAUGGCGUUCACGUCCCCGCAGCCCCCUCUGUAGACGUUGUAGAUGGUGCUGCAGCUUUGCCAACUCCAUCCACCCUACCAACAGAUCAACCUCCGAUAAGACCUCCUCUACCAACGAUCGCCACCCCAUUCGUCUACCAUCCGGACUAUCUAGCUUAUCACGGUGUUCCACCAUCGUCAGCUGCCGCUGCUGCUGCCGCCUCUUACCUCAUGCGUGGUGUUCCCUCGGAUGAGGAUCUCGGCAUGACCCCACUCGCACCGCAGCGUCGUCGUCGUCACCAUCGUUCGAAACGUGAAUCAACGUCGGAGGAAGACUUCCAGCGGGAACACCGUCGCCAUCGACACGGUACCCGUUCACCGGAACCACCCUCCAUCCCGACGCUCGGUGGACAGCUGGUGCGAGCCUGUGGGUCCUCGAUCCGGCAGACUGGCGAUGAUUUGAUGGCGAUGCUGCGUGCCAGCAGCAAGGACGAAAACAAGCGCGAUCUGCACAUUGCCAUCAUCAUACUGAUUGUGAUCGUGGCAGGAUUGAUGGCGCUCGGUAUGAGCGGUGAAAAGGCUGUCCAUCAUCAUCACUGGGAUUACUUUAGCCCUCCCGGGCAUGGUAGCAGUGCGUAGAAUGUCUGAAAUGCGCCUUAGUGUUUUGUGUUGGAUCUUCUAA